UCAGUUCACUUAUAAAAAAUUUAAAACAGUAAAAAAUAUCUCAAAAGACUAAAAAAGAAAAAAAAUUCCUCACAAAAAGCCACCGUACUCAGUACUCACACCACACCACACCACCACCACAACCACCACCAACUCCGCCACUUCUCUCUCCUUCCUACUCUAUUAGUAGGAGUAGAAUGUGAAACCCUAACUUCAAGAUCCGUCGCCAAAUCAACACCUCAGCUAGAAAAAUAUGGGAAACUGUUGCAGAUCUCCGGCCGCCGUAGCAAGAGAAGACGUGAAAUCAAACUACUCAAGCCACGACCACAGCAAAAAAGACAACACAGUAACAAAAAAACUACCGAUCACAGUCUUAAACGACGUUGCAAAGGAGAAUAUAGAAGAGAAAUACCUAGUCGAUCGCGAGCUAGGUCGCGGCGAGUUUGGAGUAACUUAUUUAUGUAUAGACCGUGAUAACAGAGAAUUACUAGCUUGUAAAAGUAUUUCCAAGAGAAAACUUAGAACCGCCGUUGAUAUCGACGAUGUGCGACGGGAAGUUGCUAUUAUGAAACAUUUGCCUAAAAAUUCGAGUAUUGUGAGCUUGAAGGAGGCGUGUGAGGAUGAUAAUGCGGUUCAUUUGGUGAUGGAGUUGUGUGAAGGCGGCGAGCUGUUUGAUCGGAUUGUGGCGCGAGGUCAUUAUACGGAACGGGCGGCUGCGGCGGUGACAAGAACUAUUGUGGAAGUUGUGCAGCUUUGUCAUAAGCAUGGCGUGAUUCAUCGCGAUUUGAAGCCGGAGAAUUUUUUGUUUGCUAAUAAGAAGGAGAAUUCGCCUUUGAAAGCUAUUGAUUUUGGAUUGUCUAUUUUUUUCAAGCCAGGCGAGAGGUUCUCUGAAAUUGUUGGAAGUCCAUACUACAUGGCCCCAGAGGUGCUCAAGCGGAAUUAUGGGCCAGAAAUUGACAUAUGGAGUGCAGGAGUCAUUCUCUAUAUUUUAUUAUGUGGAGUUCCUCCAUUUUGGGCUGAAUCCGAGCAAGGGGUUGCUCAGGCCAUUCUUCGUGGUAUUAUAGAUUUUAAAAGGGAUCCUUGGCCGAAUAUUUCCGAGGGUGCUAAGAGUCUUGUCAAGCAAAUGUUGGAGCCUGACCCAAAACUUCGACUAACAGCAAAGCAAGUAAUAGAGCACCCAUGGCUCCAAAAUGCUAAAAAGGCUCCAAAUGUUCCUCUUGGUGAUGUUGUUAAGUCAAGGCUAAAGCAGUUUUCAAUGAUGAACAGAUUCAAAAGAAAAGCACUUCGGGUUAUUGCUGAAUUCUUAUCAAUUGAAGAAGUUGGAGACAUCAAAGAGACUUUCAAGAAGAUGGACACUGAUAAUGAUGGAGUUGUUUCAAUUGAAGAAUUGAAAUCUGGACUCCAAAAUCUUAACUCCCAGCUUGCAGACUCUGAAUUUCAAAGGCUUAUUGAAGCUGUAGAUACAAAUGGGAAAGGUACACUAGACUAUGAGGAAUUUCUUGCUGUUUCCUUGCAUCUACAAAGGAUGGCCAACGAUGAGCAUCUCCACAAGGCAUUUUCCUACUUUGACAAGGACAGCAAUGGUUAUAUCGAACCAGAUGAACUUCGGAAUGCUUUGAUGGAAGAUGGAGCAGAUGAUUGUACAGAUGUAGCCAAUGACAUCUUCCAAGAAGUCGAUACUGACAAGGAUGGGAAAAUCAGCUACGAAGAAUUUGUUGCUAUGAUGAAAACCGGAACAGAUUGGCGGAAGGCUUCUCGUCAUUACUCGAGAGGCAGAUUUAACAGUCUAAGCAUGAAACUAAUGAAGGACGGUUCUCUCAACUUGGGGUGAGAGCGACAGAUACGAAGGUUUGUUUUAUUCGUCCAUGAAAAGCAAAGUAUUAGGUCAUCACUCUCCAUCUUAGACUUGCUUUCUUCUGUGAUUAUUUGCUCGUUUUUUUUUUUUAAAUUUGCUUGGGAGCUAACGGAGAUUGAUUGCGUCUUGUCUGUCUCUGCAAAUAUUGAUUAUGUAAUGUAUGCUUCGAUCCAUUAUCACUUCAACCUUUGCUAAUUGUUUACAGUUGACAAUGUGAGUUUUGAACUCUUAGGGCUGUAGCAUAUUCUACGUCAACAAAAGGUAUUGCGAUUCUAUC